AUGGAUUCAACUGCUGUUUCUGCAUCUGAUCCAUUUAGUAAAUAUCAAAUUGGUGAAUCUGUAGGAAAAGGUGCAUUUGGAAAAGUAUAUAAAGCAUUAAAUACAGAGACAGGUGAUUUCUGUGCAAUCAAACAGAUUGAAAAGAAUAUUAUAUCAGAGAAGCAAUUACCUGCUAUUUUACAUGAAAUUAAAUUAUUACAAACACUACAACAUGUUAAUAUAGUUAGAUUUAUAGAAUCACAUGAAACACCGAAGUAUCUAUUUUUCGCGUUGGAGUUUAUUGAGGGUGGUUCAUUGGCAAAGAUUGCCAAACGAUACGGUAACUUCCAGGAACCACUCCUAAGUCGGUAUAUAUGUCAGGUGCUUCGUGGUCUCGAGUAUCUACACGAGAAGGGUGUCAUUCAUCGUGAUAUCAAGAGCGAUAAUAUAUUGAUUACAAAGGAGGGUGUCAUCAAGUUGGCAGACUUUGGAUCGUGCACCUACAGUGCACUCGACAGGAAGUUGACGGUGGUCGGUACACCCUUUUGGAUGGCGCCCGAAGUCAUUCAGAUGGACAUGAACGCGCGUUCCACUGCAUGCGAUAUUUGGAGUCUUGGAUGUACCAUUCUCGAGUUGCUCACUGGCAAUCCACCCUACUGGGAUUUGGGAACGAUGCCCGCAAUGUUUGCAAUGGUGAACAAUCCACAUCCACCUUUUCCAGCGGGAAUCUCUGCAGAGUUGAAGAACUUCCUGUUGGCAUGCUUUGUGCGUGACAUCAACAAGCGACCCACUGCAACACAGCUGCUGGAACACCCGUGGAUCAAGAUGCAUAUGUUGAACGUCGAUGAUCCCAAGAAAGGACAUCGCGUGUCAGUUUCGGGACGUCAUAUCACUGCUUCGGUGUCGUCGUCGUUCGACGAGGAUCAACAGCCGGUCGACGACAACGACGACGAGAACAUGGCAUCCGACCUGAAGGAGCGCGUCGUCCAGCUGGAAACUCAGAAGAAGGAGAUGAGUCAAACCAUUCAAAAGCUAAAGAUACACUUUAUUAGAGCGAUGCGUGAGAAAAAGCUGAUGAAAGAAAUGAUUGCACAACUCGUACAGGAAAGAGAUCAGUAUAUGGUUAAACUUGGACUGACUCCACCUCCACCACCCAGCAUAUUAAAUAGCAACAAUAAUAAUAGCAAUGGAACUGUUGGCCGAUCGAUUAACGAUAGUUCCACAACGGAUUUACUCGGUGUCGACUCGCCUUCGAAACACGCACGAUCUUCAUCGGCACCGAUCUCACCACCCAUGAAAAUAGCAUCGUCGUCGCCGACACCUCUGACAACUGCCGGCACCUCACAGAGCUCCUACAAAUCGACAUCCAAUAUUUUGGCAUCGGAUUUCUUCCAGCCAUCCGACUCGGACUCUGACGGUGAAGACGGUGGAAGCGACUACUUGAUUUCAUCAUUUGGCGAUCUCCACGCAGGAGUCUCGCGUGCCUCUGCAGGACCAAAGCGAAUUCCACCAAAGUUGUCACGCGAAUCCUCUGACAAACCAGAGUUUAGCAGCAAUCCGAGCUUGGGUGGAUACUUCUCGACAAACAACAACCUACAUGCCUAUCAUCAAUCGACUGGCAUGGUAUCAGCACAUCCCUCGGACAACAAUGUAAAUCUCAACGUCUAUGCAUCGUCGCCAACUCAAUACUCGGUUGGUGGUGCACUUAACAUUGGCAGCGGACACAACUCACUGGGCUCAAACAAUGGAAUACUGAUAAAUGGACAACCACAAGCACUUGGCGGUGGUGGUAGUUUGAAAUCCAAUAGUUUCAACAGCUCGCUUGGAAAUGCAAAUAACAACAACAACAACAAUAACAAUGGUGCUAACAAGAUGCCACCUUCUUUACUGAAGCGAGAAUCUUCACAGAAAUCAUCACUCACUCAGUAUCUACCGUCGAAAGAGAGACGUGACAGCAUAGGUGGAAAAGACAGCCUAAGUGGAGCCAAUGGAAUUGGUUUGGCAGGCGGAAUGAUGGCAGCUGGCAGUGGAAGCGGUUCGAUUGGGCCAAGCGGAUCGGCCCCAAGAAAAUCUUCACAGCCAAUGCCACUGAAUCAAUCGUCGGAUCGCUCCAUUCUCAGCAGCAGUAGCAGCACGGACGAAGGUGAGAAUCAACAGUCGGUGCCACCCGUAGAAUCGGUGGUUGUCAACGUCCAGCCACCACGUGUCGGUGAUGAAUGUAAAGUAAAGUGUGGCGAUGGUUGGUACGAUGCAAUCGUCGAGCUUGUCAGUGGCACAACCUUUGUAGUAACGAUCAAGCCAUUCAAUAUUAAACAAGAGGUUUCCCACUCCGAUGUAACUUUAGCACCACUGCAAUUCCCAGUCAACACCAAGAAGAAGAGUAAAUUUAGUUUAUUUGAUUCAUACUUUCAAGUUUCAACUACAAUACUUUUACUUUGUAUAAUAAUGUUUGUUGUCCAUGCCAACGAAGAAGUUCUUUGUCAAAUACAGUGUCGUAACUACGAUAGAUCACCUUCUUUAUGCAAUUCUAAUCCAAUUUGUAAUAAGGAAAUGAGUAGAUUUGCAACAUUGCUAAGAAGAAGUAAUUCUACAGUUAUCAGUCCAGAUUCAUCAGCACAACAGACAGCAUUUGGUGAAGUCAAUAAUGAGUGUGUUGUAGAGUUGGAGGAGAUCAAGUCGUUGGAGAAGAGCAUUACAGAGAUAAAGUCGCUACUGAGCGAUUUGGUAAAGUCACUAAAGUCCUACCACGACAAGGGUGAAUCCUAUGCAAAGAAUCAUAUCGCCUGGUCACAAUCAUUCUCUAAAGAUCACGAAAAGUCUGUACAAUCAUCGUCGAAAUCCGCAUCGAUCGCCACUCAAUAUCAUCAACAACAAAGUGAACAACAGAAUGAAACUCAUAAUGGUUUCGUUAAAGCAAUGGAGCAAUUUACAGUUUCAAUUUCAAAGACAUCUGGGUUUGAACAAGACUUCACAACUAGUGUUAUGGAUUCAUUUAUUAAACCUGUUCAAACAUUGAUUGGUGUUAUCGACGAGAGAAAAGCCUACAGAAAGAAAUAUGACAAAGCAACAACCGAAUAUGAAACACUCAUUGGCAAAGUAAGAAACGCACAAACACAAAAGAAAAUAGAUAUUAUCAAAUUGUAUACUUAUGAAAGAGAUAAAACAAAAGCAAAAGCAAAUUUCGAAAUAGUAAGAUCUGAAUAUAUUGCUUAUUUAAAUGAUACAAUUAAUCGUAUGCAUACAGAUUAUAUUGAUAUUCUCGUUAAACACUUUGAGUCACUCGCGUUACAGAAUGGCAAUGGUUAUCAAGAAUAUGCUGGUAUAAAGACAUAUAUUGAUAAUCUGAGAACUUGGUGUUUGUCUGAGCAAGAUUACUAUCAACAGGAGGUUAAUGAGCGUGAACAACGCCGACAACAGGAAUUGGAUCAAGACCUCAUUAAUAAGUAUCAACCUAUCAUUCAGGUUUUGGCAAGUCCACCAUUUUCAUUGUUCUCAGCGAUGUCCGACAUCCGUAAGCAAGAACUCUAUCCGAUGCCGGUGGUCUCUAGCAACGGCCAGGUGACAACACCGGCACCGGCACCGUCACCCAUCAACUUUAUUCCACCACUUGUGCGUCUACUCGAUAGUUGCUCACAGGUGAGCGAUCUCCUGCUUCAGUUGGUCCGCGCCGACAUGCCCAACGUCUCAGUGAGCAUGGGUGCACUCUUUGCCAACUCGCCAAUCGCCAGUGAGCUGGUCGAGGAAAUCUCUUCGCACAUGGCAACACCCUAUCUGAAACACCUGUUUGACCACGCCAUCACCAAUAUCAUCAACAAUCCCGAGCGCUACAAACAGUCCACUCCACAAGGUGUGGAAGCACUCAUCCACGAAUUCAACACCUCGAUGGAGAUCGUUAGGAAUUCACUGAUCUACGUGCCGCCCAUCUAUAGGAAAUCCACUAUUGAAAUUUCGAAUGCUCUUGCACAGAAAGCUGCUGGUGCAACUUUUCCACCUGUGGGAUGUCUGCUUUUUGGAAAGGUGUUUGCUCCGGCCAUUGCUAGACCACACAUGCACAACCUCUUCAAUGUGAUUCCUUCGGACAGUGCGCUCGAAGCACUCCAGGUAUUCUCAACGAUGUUUUACAAUUUGGGUUCGAAUCAAACAUUUUUACGCGGACCACAGAAUCUCAAUGACGCAGUUGCCGCUUGGAAACCAACCGUCCGAGAUUUCAUUGCACAGUUUGCCAACACUGAUCUCACCGAUUGGGAAUCAUCGGUGGCAAUCAACACCACCUACCACAAUGAGAUUCCAGUCAUUCAGAGAUUCCUUAAACAACACUACUCUGCAAUCUCACUGGCUCUUUUGCAACGUGGUGAAAAAGAACUGUCCAACCAAUUUUUAAUUGCUCUAGGUACUCUUGAAGCAGAAGAUCCUGGCGCAACUUCACCACCCGAGAAAUCACACCACAAAAAACCAUCACAAACCACAGAAUAA